AUGAUGCAUUUUGUGCACGCUUCGAUCCAAGGUACCGAUGCACGUAACGGUUUUUGCUGCAGAAAAACGGGACCGUGUGCUCCCACUGAGAUAUCGAUUGGCAACACAUGCUACCCGAUUUCCACGAUCGGUGGUUCCUGUGUUAACUCAGCCCAGUGCCAGUCACUAGGCGCUUACUGCAGUAACGGUGUGUGUGUUCCCAAUAUUCAAUACGAUAAUCCUAUCUGUACAAGACCGAACCAGCAAGUGGAAAGGGAGUCCGGAAUGGUAAAGAACUGUUUGUAUCAACCUUGCUCAGUGGGAUUUGGUUGUGAAUACAGUAAUGCAAUGAGACAGUACAUCUGUUGUGGAAGAUAUGACGCCAACAACGACUACAGUUACGGUAAAGUGCGAAUGUACCCAGGUACAACGAUGCCUCUGCAGUGCUUCAAAGCAGAUCAGUGUCUAUGGGUUGACACUCCGAAUUGCGUUUACUCCUCCCGAUACAGACAGAAGGUCUGCUGUUCCACGUUCAACUGCUGA